GGCUCUAGAGCUCAGGCUCAGUAGUUGUGGCACACGGGCUUAGUUGCUCUGCGGCAUGUGGGAUCUAUCCCAGACCAGGGCUUGAUCCCGUGUCCCUUGCAUUGGCAGGCAUAUUCUUAACCACUGCGCCACCAGGGAAGUCCCUAUUUCUCACAUUUCUGGAGGCUGGGAAGUCUAAGAUCAAGAUGUCAGCAGACCCUUGCAAGUAUACACCUCAGGAUGGAGGCACUAUGGAUCCACUGGCAAAGAUCUUUAAAGGAGGUUUAGUAGCUGAACUUGUGGACACUUUUGGAGCAUAUAUUUUGUUUAAAAAGAUAAAAACAAGCCAAGAUUUCCGGCAAACUAUGAGGAAGAAAUUCCCCUUCAUCUUGGAAGUUUAUUACAAAUCCAUUGAACACUCUGGAAUGUACGGAAUCAGAGAGCAAGAUCAAGAAAAGUGGCUGAACAGCAAAAAUUAG